AUGGAAACUGAACAGCCAGAGGAAACCUUCCCCAACUCCAAAACCGAUGGUGAAUUUGGUAAACGCCCCGCAGAAGAUAUGGAGGAGGAAGAAGCUUUUAAAAGAUCUACUGGUAGGAGCACUGAUGAGGUGGUUGGAUUACUCAUUCUGCUUCAGAGCAAGAACGCGGGGGCAGUGAUUGGAAAAGGAGGCAAGCAUAUUAAGGCCCUGCGUACAGACCACAACGCCAGUGUUUCAGUCCCAGACAGCAGUGGCCCCGAGCGCAUAUUGAGUAUCAGUGCCGAUACUGAAACAAUUGGAGAAAUUCUGAAGGAAAUCAUCCCUACCUUGGAAGAGGACCUGCGGUUGCCGGCACCCACCGCGACCAGCCAGCUCCCGCUGACUCUGACGCUGUGGAAUGCUUCUAUGGCCAACACUACAAAGGAAGCGACGUUGACUGUGAAUGGAGACUGUUGA